GGGCACCGUGGAUGGUGGGCUGAAGCAGAUAGAGACGGCACCAUCAUCCCAGGUUGCCUGGGUGGACCCCAGUGUUGACAGCUCAAUGCUGGGGCCCCUGCACCCCUUUCUCCUCAGUCGGUGGGGGAGGGGUGGGGUCUUGUCCUGCCGGGUUUGUCAGAAGCUGGGGAGCACAGUGAGGCUGUGGGAUUGUUCUGGGUACUUCCAGGGAGCAGCCCCGGGGGAGGUGUAGGAAUGAAGAGGGGCGGCACCCGCCGUGCCCAGCACCCUCUCCGGGCGCACACAGUGAAGCAGAUGCAGUGCCAGCCCCCUCUGCACCCCGCGCAGGCAGCCUGCAUGCAGGGCGCUGCCCAGCCCAGUUCACAGAAGGGGCAGCAUGCGCUCACGGACAGGGCAGGACCCCAAGCCAGGUCCUGAUGGCCCUUGGUGGCCCCUGGGUACCUGGCCAGGGCUCUGCUGGGGACCAGAGAGGGAGUCUAGGAGAGGUGGGGAGAGGACGCUCCUGAGGACCACCGAGCCAGGGCAGACCACAGCGUGGCUCUGGGCCUGCUCCCCCUGUUGUACUUCCUGGGGACCCCGUCCCAGGCUUAUCCUGGACGGGGCAGCAGAGGUCCCCAUCCUGGGUCCCUGUUUGCAACACCCAGCCCAGCACCCCAGCCUCCUCCCCGCCUGGCCUUUUGCUGGUCAUGGGCCAGCACCCCAUCCUCCAGGCCAGGCCCUAGAAAGAGCCGAGCACACGUAGCUGCUCUGGUCAUGAACUGUUCACAGACAGACAGUGGCCAGCCCUGCAGCCCAGCAGGACCCAGAGGCUGGGCUGGGAGUCCAGGCCCCGCCCACCAUGUCGUCCUGGGAGAUUUUGUGGAGGUGAUUUCUGAGCUAAGACCCAAGGAUGUUGUCAGGACCAGGACCAGUGUGGCUGAGCCCCGAGGGGACCGCAGGGCCCUUGGGCCUGGCAGGAUGUGCUGGGCAGCAGGUGUGGGGGACAUAAUGGCCCUGGCAUGGAGGCAGCCAGGGUUAAUCAUUUCCAGGUGGCCUUGACUCCACCUGCCCCGGCCGCUCUGCUCCUGACUCCUGUCGCCCCUCAAACAAGUCAGGAGGAGCCAUGGGGCACUGGGCCCGGGUCCCCAGUCCCUGCCCCUCGCCCAAACUGUCCCUGCUUCUGCUACUGCUGCUGGUGCCUCUCAGGGCCCAACCCCAGGCUAGCAGGAACCACACGGAGCCCCAAGAACCUAAUGCCACAGUGACCCCUGGGACCUCCACUAUUCCUAUAACCUCAGUGACCCCUACGACCUCACCUGUGAGCGCUCCAGAGGCAGAGGAUCCCCACGGUGGGGGGCUCACCUCCCCACCCAGGGCGGCCCCCUCCAGCAGCAGCCCUGGGGGCCCAGUGCUCACCGAGGACGGGCAGCCCUGCCGGUUCCCCUUCCGCUACGGCGGCCGCCUGCUCCACUCCUGCACUUCGGAGGGAAGCGCCCGCAGGAAGUGGUGUGCCACGACCCACAACUAUGACCGCGACCGGGCCUGGGGAUACUGCACGCAGGCCUCCGAGACCCGGGAGGGCCCAGCUGCUCUGGAUCCCUGUGCCUCCAGCCCCUGCCUCAAUGGGGGGUCCUGCACCAACACCCAGGACCCUGGCUCCUACCACUGCACCUGCCCCGUGUCCUUCGCUGGCAAGGACUGCGACAUGGAGAAAUGCUUUGACGAGACCCGCUAUGAGUACCUGGAGGCGGGAGACAGCUGGGCCCGUGUGCACCAGGGCCGAGUGGAACAGUGCGAGUGUGUGGGCGGCCACAUCCAGUGCGAGGACACACGGCACACAGAUUGCCUGAGCAGCCCGUGUCUGAAUGGGGGCACCUGCCACCUGAUUGUGGCCACCGGGACCACCGUAUGUGCCUGUCCCCUGGGCCAUGCUGGGAGGCUCUGCAACAUCGUGCCGGCCCAGAGCUGCUUCGUGGGGAACGGCACUGAGUACCGGGGUGUGGCCAGCACGGCAGCCUCGGGCCUCAGCUGCCUGGCCUGGAACUCCGACCUUCUCUAUCAGGAGCUGCACGUGGACUCGGUGGGCGCUGCCGCCCUGCUCGGCCUUGGCCCCCACGCCUACUGCCGGAACCCCGACAGGGACGAGCGGCCCUGGUGCUACGUGGUGAAGGACCACGCGCUCUCCUGGGAGUACUGCCACCUGGUGGCCUGCGAAUCCCUCGCCAGAAUCGAGCACCCACCCAAGCAGUCCCUGCUGGCGCUGCCUGACCCGGCCCCAGCCGGACGCCAGACCUGCGGCAGGCGGCACAAAAAGAGAAACUUCCUCCGGCCUCGCAUCAUCGGGGGCUCGUCCUCGCUGCCCGGCUCCCACCCCUGGCUGGCCGCCAUCUACAUCGGGGACAGCUUCUGUGCCGGGAGCCUCCUCCACACCUGCUGGGUGGUGUCUGCCGCCCACUGCUUCUCCCACAGUCCCCCCAGGGAGAGCGUCUCGGUGGUCCUGGGCCAGCACUUCUUCAAUCUCACGACGGACGUGACACAGACGUUCCGCAUCGAGAAGUACAUCCCGUAUCCCCAGUACUCGGUGUUCAACCCCAGCAACCAUGACCUCGUCCUGAUUCGGCUGAAGAAGAAGGGGGAUCGCUGUGCUGUCCGCUCCCAGUUUGUCCAGCCCAUCUGCCUGCCGGAGCCCAGCAGCCCCUUCCUGGUCGGACACAAGUGCCAGAUUGCGGGCUGGGGCCACCAGAACGAGAACACGAAGGGCUACUCCAGCUCCCUGCGGGAGGCGCUGGUGCCCCUGGUGGCCGAUCACAAGUGCAGCAGCCCCGAGGUGUAUGGGGCGGACAUCAGCCCCAACAUGCUGUGUGCCGGCUACUUCGACUGCAAGGCUGACGCCUGCCAGGGGGACUCAGGUGGGCCCUUGGUCUGCGAGAAGAAUGGUGUGGCCUACCUGUAUGGCAUCAUCAGCUGGGGUGACGGCUGCGGGCGGCUCAACAAACCAGGCGUCUACACCCGUGUGUCCAAUUACGUGAACUGGAUCAACGACCGGAUUCGGCCCCCUAAGCGGCCUGCAGAUACCUCCUGAGACCCCCUGGGAGGCAUGCUGCCUUCUUGCAAUUCCUUGCCUGCUGGCAAUAAAGCUGCUCCCAAGAACA